GGCAAUAAACUCUAGGGGCGCGGGAACCGCCACCAGGCGGUGGGACGGCUGCAGUCUCCUGGUUCUGGGCUGUGAGCUUUCCGGAGGCGCCAUGAGCUGCAUCAACCUGCCAACUGUGCUGCCCGGCUCCCCCAGCAAGACCCGGGGGCAGAUCCAGGUGAUUCUCGGACCCAUGUUCUCAGGAAAAAGUACCGAGCUGAUGAGAAGGGUCCGCCGCUUCCAGAUUGCCCAGUACAAGUGCUUGGUGAUCAAAUAUGCCAAAGACACACGGUACAGCAGCAACUUCUCCACGCACGACCGGAACACCAUGGAGGCACUGCCGGCCUGCCUGCUCCGGGAUGUGGCCCAGGAGGCCCUGGGCAUGGCUGUCAUAGGCAUUGAUGAAGGGCAGUUUUUUCCCGACAUUGUGGAGUUCAGCGAGACCAUGGCCAACGCCGGCAAGACUGUGAUCGUGGCUGCACUGGAUGGGACCUUCCAGAGGAAGGCUUUCGGGACCAUCCUGAACCUGGUGCCCCUGGCCGAGAGCGUGGUGAAGCUGACGGCGGUGUGCAUGGAGUGCUUCCGAGAAGCCGCUUACACCAAGAGACUGGGCACAGAGAAGGAGGUCGAGGUGAUCGGAGGAGCAGACAAGUACCACUCCGUGUGCCGUCUCUGCUACUUCAAGAAGGCCUCAGGUCAGCCUGCUGGGCUGGACAGCAAAGAGAAUAAAGAGAACUGCCCGGUGCCGGGAAAGCCAGGGGAGGCCACAGGAGCCCGGAGGCUGUUCGCCCCUCAUCACAUCCUUCAGUACAGCCCUGCCAUAUGAGGGGCUGGGGCCCCCAGCCUGGGAAGAGCCCCUGCCCGGGACACUGACUGGCCACGUCCCUUUCCUGCCACGCCCCCUGGUGGAUGCCUCCUGCCCCCUGCGCGCUGUGAGGCCUUUCAGAGGAGGAAGUUGUGCGGGAGAACUUUCACCAGCACCAGGGCUUUCUGCUUUGUGUCCUUGCCCGGCUGGUGGGCCGCGUGUCACCUCUCUCCUUCCCUGCCCACCAGCUCCUUCUCAGUUCCCUUCCCAGCUACCGGACUGCUCAUGCUCUGCCCCCUUCCGGAGCAGGCCGUGCGCUGUGGCUCGGGGUCUGGCCACUGCAGACGUCCCCCUCCUCCUCCGGGGCGAGGGGAAGAACCACAUGCUGUUGUGACACUGGAGCUGCGGGCCUCUUCCCCCCGUGUGGCUUUCACUGUUGAGUUUCUGUUCUCACUGACAAGUCCGCGCAGCAGCACCUCGAGCUCAGCACCCGGCUUGGGCUCCCACAGAGGGUUCCUGCCCUCUGCCUGGCGCAGGCUCCAGCCCCUGAGGAGGGCUGCACUUGUGCCCCCUCGCUUCCCUUUGGGCUGACAGCCCUUCCUGCGCUCUGGGGGUCGUUUUCUCCAGAAUCACAGAUUCUUUCACGCGGGCGGCACCUGGCUGGGGGCCUGGGUCCCAGGGGCUUGUUUUUUCACGUGUAUGGGAUGGGUAGGAGCGCAGGCAGAUGCCGAGUCCAGGAUUCUUCUCUUGUGUGAAAUUAAUAACUAAUAUUAAAAUUUAUUGGUUGAGGAAAGCAUACGUCUCCUAGUCACCUGGGAUCUCUGAGUCUUACUAUAAACAGCUUCGAAGUGAUUUGGACAGGGAUUUCUCUCCAGAUCUUUCCCUGCUACUGCCUCUCUCUCAGCCACAGCCCUUGUCAACAGAAACCCUAAGAGCAGUUGCUCA